AUGGAGCGCGCUGCUUCUGGCCAGACGAGUCUCUUCCCAAGAGGACCGAACUUUACUCUCGAAGACUUUUCAAACAAGGACUUUAUAGUGCGUGACUUUGUCGAUAGUCUCGCCGAGAGCGCCGUACCCUCGAACCGCCGAUCUGGCAAUGCGCAAGCGCCCUUCGAUCCCAAACCCCUGAUUCGAACAUUUGAGAAUGCCCUUGACCAGCUCGGUUCCCUGGGAGCAGAGCUCCAGGAGAAGGAAUCCGAGCUCAUGUCGCAUGUGCGCCGCGCAGAGGUAGCUCACGAUUCAACUCUCGAAACACUGGGAGAGAAACUCGACGAAUCUAUGCGGGCGUUCGAACAGCUAGACCUCUCUCUCAACCAGGAACAUUCAUACAAAAAUGGAAUCGGCCUCAAUUCCCGCGCACACGGCAACGUGGCGCUGCAGAUCGGAGAGAAGCUCGAGGACUUGGACAAGAAGCGAAGGCGAGCCAAUGAUGCCAUAUUCCUCAUCCAGUGCUGGACAGAGGUCAGCGAAACGGGUAAGCUGUCAAUGUUACAAGACGUCCAGCGACAGGCCGGUUCUGAACACAAGGUGCGAUGCGCCAUGAUCGUUCGCCAACUCAUGCGCAUAAGUCAGCGGCUGGACCCGACAUCAUGGGGGCAGACAAACGGCCAGAGAAAUGGCGGGAUCACAAAUGGUAUUGUGGGCAACGUGAGAUUACACAACACAAGAGAGGUCUUGGAAAAGUUCUGCGAAACGCUCGAACAGGAUCUUUUACAGCAAUUUGAAAACAGCAACAAGAAGGGCAAUUACGGCGACAUGAUGGAAUGUGCAAAGGUUCUCUAUGACUUCAAUGGGGGCGCCAGUGUGAUUGCGACCUUUGUCAACCAGCAUGCAUUCUUCUUGGACCGGGAUCAGCUCCUUGCCGAUGAGGUUCAAGUGGACAGCGACACUUGGGAGCAGCUGGCAGAUCCCGACUCAGAACCACCGACAGUAGAGCCAAGCUUGCAAAACCUGCUUGACGAGAUCAAGAUUGUCAUGCAGGACGAGUCCAACCAGAUCAAGCUCAUUUUCCCAUACUACGAAACAGUGCUCAUCAAGUUCAUUCAACGAAUAUUUCAGCAGUCAAUCCAACAGAGGCUCGAAAUGGUAUUGGAUGAAACUCUCAAAAUCUCUUCACUGGCUUUCCUCAGAGCUCUGCACUCGUCAAGGACGUAUCUCGGAACGCUAGUCGAAGACUUAAAGUCCCAUGGGUUGACAGAAAACCCCGAGCCUUGCUCAGCUUCUAUAGCCCAUACCCUCGACCAGCAAAUGGAAGAGCUUUUCGUGCCAUACAUGAUCGGCAACUCAUACAUUGACCGAGAAAGAAAGAGUUUAGAAGAAAUGUACAGCUCUUUGCUGUUCAAGUACAGCAUAUACCAUUCGAGGAAGAAGAAGGCGCCUACUGGAUUUAUGGCAUCACUUGCUCAACAGGGCACGCAGCUAAUUGCGUCCGCAAAGGACGCUUACAUCGAGCGUCUUGACUCAUCAGAACUCACGCCUACACAGAAGCGCAUGAUGUUGCGCGUUGCCGGAGUUCAGGAUAAGGACAAGGACAACAAGAACGAAAUCGAGGUUUCAGAAGAGGACGGUGCUUUGAGCGUAGCAAAUGCCAAGCGCAUGCUCAAGUGGUUGGCUGAGAGCGUUCAGCGUACACUUGAGCUCGGCUCCCAGACUGAUACUCCCAAGGAUGUGAAUACACUACUCAACCUGCUCCUGACGAGCCUAGGUCAGGUUUAUAUCGAGACAACUCUCGACGCUGCCAUCGAUCAAAUUUCCGUGCAAGAAAACACAAAAACCGAGCCUGAUCUAUCAUACUUGCCAACGAUUCAUCCAGCUGUCACGAUUACAAGUCUCAUGGAUCGAUUCAUCACGGUCGUCCUUAUACGCCUUGCAGAAUCAAACACAACAGUCAGGCGGAGCAUGGAGGCGCAGAAAAGGGUAGCCAUUAGUAACAUUGAAAAGAAGACAAACAACGUCAUGAAGGGCACCAUUGACGUUGUGUCCAACUGGGUGACCAAGUCACUUGCUGGCCAGAAGAAGCAAGAUUUCCGACCAAAAGAGGUCGAUCUCGACUCACUUCAAACACAGACGUGCCUGAGUAUCUGCACAUUCCUGGCCCGUGUCCACCGUCUCGCUCGCCAAGCCAUCGAUGGACAGAACUCUGAGAAGUUCUUUACCGAGCUAGCACUGGUGCUUCUCAAGCUUCUCUUCGAGCACUUCAAGAAGUUCCAGGUCAACGCAACCGGCGGUCUCAUGGUGACGCAGGAUAUCGCGAAAUAUGUUUCCACCAUGCGCGAGUGGCCUUUAACCAAAGAGGUUGGCUCUGCCGUCGAAAUGCUCACAGAGAUUGGUUCGCUGUUUAUUGUCGGGCCUGAGGCGCUCCGAGAAAAGACAAGAACGCUGGCGGCCACAGGUAUGAGGGGCAAGUUGUCCAGGGCGGAUUUCAGAGCAUUCGUACAGAGACGUGAUGACUCUGGAACGGCAGGCAUUCAAAGCGUAUUGAGUGGUCUUUGA